AUGUCCUACCCGCAGGGCUACCUGUACCAAGCGCCCGGAUCGCUGGCGCUCUACUCGUGCCCCGCGUACGGCGCGUCCGCUCUGGCGGCGCCGCGCAGCGAGGAGCUGGCGCGCUCGGCGUCGGGCUCCGCGUUCAGCCCGUACCCUGGCUCGGCGGCCUUCACAGCGCAGGCGGCAACUGGCUUCGGCAGCCCGCUGCAGUACUCGGCCGACGCCGCCGCGGCUGCCGCUGCUGGCUUCCCGUCCUACAUGGGCUCGCCAUACGACACGCACACCACCGGGAUGACUGGCGCCAUCAGCUAUCACCCAUAUGGCAGCGCGGCCUACCCAUACCAGCUUAACGACCCCGCGUACCGCAAGAACGCCACGCGGGACGCCACUGCCACACUGAAAGCCUGGCUCAACGAACACCGGAAGAACCCGUACCCCACCAAAGGAGAGAAGAUCAUGCUGGCCAUCAUCACCAAGAUGACCCUCACGCAGGUCUCCACCUGGUUCGCCAACGCGCGCCGGCGCCUCAAGAAGGAGAACAAAAUGACCUGGGCCCCGAGGAACAAAAGCGAAGAUGAGGACGAGGAUGAGGGAGAUGCUUCCAGAAGCAAGGAGAGUCCGGACAAGGCUCAGGACGGCACCGAGACCUCUGCGGAGGACGAAGGGAUCAGUCUACACGUCGACUCGCUCACGGACCAUUCGUGCUCGGCCGAGUCAGAUGGGGAGAAAUUGCCCUGCCGCGCCGGGGAUCCCUUGUGCGAAUCCGGUUCAGAGUGUAAGGACAAGUUUGAGGACCUGGAGGACGAGGAGGACGACGAAGACGAGUGCGAGCGGGACCUGGCACCGCCCAAGCCCGUAACCUCCUCGCCUCUCACCGGCGUGGAGGCACCCCUGCUGAGCCCGGCGCCCGAAGCCGCGCCGCGCGGUGGCAGCGGUGGCAAGACGCCCCUAGGCAGCCGGACGUCGCCUGGAGCGCCGCCGCCCGCCAGCAAGCCCAAGCUGUGGUCGUUGGCGGAGAUAGCCACGUCGGACCUCAAGCAACCAAGCUUGGGCCCGGGUUGCGGGCCUCCGGGGCUGCCCGCUGCCGCCGCGCCUGCCUCGUCUGGGGCCCCACCAGGAGGCUCGCCCUACUCUGCUUCGCCGCUGUUGGGCCGUCACCUCUAUUACACGUCCCCUUUCUAUGGCAACUACACAAACUACGGGAACUUAAACGCAGCGCUGCAAGGCCAGGGCCUUCUGCGGUACAAUACCACGGCCUCCUCACCAGGCGAGACACUGCACGCUGUGCCCAAGGCGGCCAGCGACACGGGCAAGGCGGGCUCGCAUUCGCUGGAGUCCCACUACAGGCCUCCGGGCGGCGGCUACGAGCCCAAGAAAGAUCCCAGUGAGGGCUGUGCAGUUGUUGGUGCAGGCGUCCAGCCCUACCUAUAG